AGUCGCAAAAAAAAAUCUCAACCUUUCGGAGGUUCACUAGGAGAGUAGGAGAGAAGGAUUUUAUGGACACGGUGAAUAUCAGUAUUGGAUUUCCCGCCUGGUCUUUUCAUGUUGAUCUCUACAUCACUAUGUCUUGGAAAUGAUAAGGGGAAAUCAGAAACUGAUAUGUGCUUCACAACGUUGUUGUUGUUCUGUCAGUUCAUUAUAAUUUAGUAGCCAGUUGCGGGAUAUCAGCGAAUAUCAGGUGGUUCCAGAUAUUUUCGAAUCUCUCAUCAUGAUGUGGACUCUGUCGAAAUUGUUGAUGUGCGUUUGUAUUUGGAAGAUUACACAAUGUCAAGGCCAAGGUUGGGUAAUUAAGGACCAUGGCUGCAGAACUCCAGACAGAGACAUCGGCGACUGCAGACCAAUAAUGCAGUGCGAACCAAUCACUAACUUCAUGAGAACACUCCUGAAAAGGCCAUUGACCAAGGAAGUGAUAAGUUAUCUCAACUCUCACACGUGCAGCUACGAGUCCAGCCAAGUGUGGGUCUGCUGUCCGCCUGGACCAAUCUCCUUCCGAGAAAAAGGCGACUCUGACUAUGCAAAUGCUGAACCUCCGGACGUUAGCCAACACAGGAAUUACCAUUUGCUUCCAGAAGAAUGCGGAUAUCUCGAUGCUGGAGACAGAAUACGAGGCGGUGUAAAUGCCAAGCUGAAUGAGUUUCCUUGGAUGGCACUCUUGUCAUACAAAACAGAAAGAGGUCCUGAUUUCAGAUGUGGCGGUACAAUCAUAAAUGAGAGAUAUAUUCUGACAGCUGGCCAUUGUCUGCAUAACUUGAAUUAUCCUUUAUUGGGGGUGAGAGUUGGAGAAUACAAUAUACAAACAAAAAUUGAUUGUGAACUCACUAGAAAGAAUGAACAAAAAUGCAGUGAACCUGUACAAGACCUAGUCAUCGAAGAGAUCCUGGUGCAUCCAGGAUUCAACGGAACUGUUAUACAGAACGAUAUUGGACUGCUGCGGGUAUCAAGAAUGAAUCUGACUGUUGCGAAUGUGAGACCCGUCUGCUUGCCAGUAGAUACUGCCAGGGGAACAGACUUGAACGGGAAGCAAAUUAUAGUCACUGGUUGGGGAGCUGAUGCAACAGGUCACACCAGCAUGAUCCUGCAGAAAGUCGAGCUUCCCAUUGUUGAUCUGACGGAGUGCCAAAACAUCUACAAGGCGGAGAAUCGAGCCAAAAUCAGCAUAAAACAAUUGUGCGCUGGUGGCAGAAACAGAAAGGACUCUUGUAGAGGAGACAGUGGAGGUCCGAUGCAAACAGCCGCCUACAUCAAUGGGGACACCCGGUAUGUUCAACAGGGUGUUGUGUCCUUCGGGCCGGCCUACUGCGGACUGGAGGGUUACCCUGGAGUUUAUACCAGAGUGGAAUUUUACAUGGACUGGGUGCUGGACAUUAUGAAACCCUAGAUGAAGAUUCAGUGCUCUCCAGUGCAAUCUCAAUGAUGGUUUUUGCGGAAAGAAGAUCAAUUCGAUAUUCUUAUCACGCAACUUUUCAAUUUGAGUCAUCAACUAUAGGUACAGGCAGGGCCAUCAUAUCAACAAGGCACUCAUCGAGGCACAUUGGUGCUCUGGGCUCAGCAGAAGUGCAAUGCUCGUGUCUCAGAUUUUAGCAACACCACGCAACAGUAACACUGAGUAUUAAUAUACUUUUUUCUGCAACCGACACAAAAGUCGUCCAUUUUGAUACCAAAAUUAGCUCUCAAAUUGAAGUUUCUAUUACUGACAAAAAAAUAGGUAUGUUGCUAGGCAACAGGAGCUAAAGUUGAAUUUUAGUUCCUAAGAGCUAAAGUUGAACUUCAGCUCCUAGGGACUAAAAAGGAUGUACUGGACGUCAUCAAGAAUAAACAACAUUGUGACGGUUGGUUAUUUGGGUUGAGACGCAUACCUGAUUUGUUUCCGAUUUCAGCAGAUUUGACAUUUCAUAUUCAUGCUGGAGAUAUAUAUACACCUUAGUAUAGUUUAGUAUUGGAAUUAUAAACAUCUCAGUUAGGUAUUUUUGUUUCGAUCAUCACGAGUAAAUCUAUAUACUGACGGUUUUAUUUUCAAAAAAUCUGGUAAACGAGUUGUCUUCAACUGCGCAAUCAAGAAUAGCGCCGGUUUGGUAUUUAGAACGAAUGAUAAUCACUUUGUUUUCACGUAAAAUUUCACGGUGGUUAUAUAAUAUUAUAACGAACGCAAAUAGAACAAUGUCUUAUAUUGAUCAAAUUAGGAACAAAUGUAGCACCUUGAUUGACAAGCGAUAUUUUUCGAGUCAAACAAAGUAACUCAUGAUCCGAAUAAUACAUACUUUUUCUGCAACCGACACAAAAGUCAUCCAUUUUGAUACCAAAAUUAGCUCUCAAAUUGACGUUUCUAUUACUGACAAAAAAAUAGGUAUAUGUUGCUAGGCAACAUAUUUAGUUCCUAGGAGCUAAAGUUGAAUUUUAGUUCCUAGGAGCUAAAGUUGAACUUUAGCUCCUAGGGACUAAAAAGGAUGUACUGGACGUCAUCAAGAAUAAACAACAUUGUGACGGUUGGUUAUUUGGGUUGAGACGCAUACCUGAUUUGUUUCCGAUUUAAGCAGAUUUAGCAUUUCAUAUUCAUGCUGGAGAUAUAAAUACACCUCAUUAUAGUUCAGUAUUGGAAUUAUAAACAUCUCAGCUAGGUAUUUUUGUUUUGAUCAGGGAAGCCUUCAAGAUUCAAAUACUUGCUUGAUCUGUAUUUCAUUCGUUAUUCUCGGGAUGGAUACCUUGUUUUUCGAAUACUCACUGCAAGCAAUAUAGUUUUUUGUCUCAAACAACGAUAUUGUUUACCUCUAUUUGAUUAUCAAGUCAAACACAGUGUAGUAUGGAGAGAAAUAAAUAAUCGCUAUUAU